ACCGUGACUCGGGGCUCGCCCCGCCCCGCCCCGCCAGGGACACACCAGCGGCAGGCACGGGCAGACGGCGCCGGGAGGGGCUGGCUUGCUGCUCCGCCGGCGGGGCAGAAUUUGGGAUCCUUGCUGCGGAGAGAGACGAGCUGGCGUCACGCUGCCCUGGGGUGAUUCUGCAGGAGCGUUGCAAAGAUGUCAUGGCACCCUCAGUACCGGAGUUCCAAGUUCCGCCAUGUGUACGGCAAGCCUGCUAGCAAGGAGAAGUGUUACGACUGCGUCCCCAUCACCUGCAGUGUGCACGACAACCACUUCUGCGCUGUCAACCCCCACUUCAUUGCUGUUGUGACAGAGUGUGCAGGGGGCGGGGCUUUCCUCGUGAUACCCAUCCAUCAGACAGGCAAGCUUGAUCCUCACUACCCCAGGGUGUGCGGGCACAGAGGAAAUGUCCUGGACAUCAAGUGGAGCCCCUUUGAUGACUUUGUAAUCGCUUCCUGUUCUGAAGAUGCCACUGUGAAAAUCUGGGACAUCCCCAAACAUUUACUAACAAGGAACAUCACCAGUGCAAGGAAGGAGCUUCUGGGUCAUGCUCGAAGGGUGGGGCUCAUUGAAUGGCAUCCUACGGCCAGCAACAUUAUCUUCAGUACUGGCUAUGAUUAUAAGAUAAUGAUCUGGAACCUCGACACAAAGGCGCCCGUAAUUCAAAAUCCGGUGAAGACAAUCAGCUGUCACAGGGACGUGAUCCUCUCCAUGUCAUUCAACACAGACGGCAGCCUGCUAGCCACUGCCUGCCGGGACAGGAAAAUACGGCUCGUUGACCCACGGUCAGGAGCCAUCCUACAGGAAGCCAGCUGCAAGAAUCACAGAGUGAAUAAAGUUUUGUUUCUAGGAAACAUGAAAAAGCUGCUCUCUACUGGAACAUCCCGCUGGAAUAACAGGCAAAUUGCUCUAUGGGAGCAGGGUGAUCUUUCUGUGCCUUUAGUUGAGGAGGAUCUGGAUGGCUCCUCGGGGCUGCUGUUCCCGUUCUAUGACUCUGACACCCACAUGCUGUAUGUGGUGAGCAAGGGAGAUGGGAACAUACGAUACUAUGAGAUAAGCCCUGAGAAGCCGUACCUGAACUACCUGAUGGAAUACCGCUCCCAUCUACCACAGAAAGGAAUCGGAAUCAUGCCAAAGAGAGGCCUUGACGUGUCGGCCUGCGAGAUCUUCCGGUUCUACAAACUGAUCCCAGGCAAAAGCCUGAUUGAGCCUGUCUCUAUGAUUGUUCCUCGCCGGUCGGAGUCGUACCAGGAAGACAUCUACCCGAUGACAGCUGGAGCCCAGCCAGCACUCACAGCACAGGAAUGGCUGAAUGGAAUUAAUAAAGGUCCUGUCCUGGUAUCUUUGAGACCAGGCUCUGAAAUCCUGAAUUCUCUGACACAAUUUCCUGAGAAAGAACCAUCACCGCUGUCCACAGAAUCAAACCGGUACCAGGGCAGGACAGAAAGAAUGGCAAUGAAGGAAAUUCAGAAGCAAAGUGGGAUCCAAGAAAAGAGAGGCCAGAAAAAAGUGGAGGAAAGAUCGCAGGGAGACCGACAAAUGCAGCUUUCAAAUGGCUUCGACUUAUUUGAGUGUCCUCCACCCAAAACUGAGAAUGAGCUGUUGCAGAUGUUUUACCGACAGCAGGAAGAAAUCCGGAGACUGCGAGAGCAGGUUAACCAGAGGGACGUUCAAGUCAAACAGCUAGAACUGGAGAUUAAAAACAUCCGCAUGGACUCGGGCAGGGACAGAAGGAAGAAUUGCUGUAACUAAAAGUCACUGCAACAACAAGGAUUCAUCUGCAAGAGAGAAUUGAGGGCUCUGUCCUGCAAACACUCCCAUGGGCCCAGAACCUGCUCACCCUGACUCCAAGGAAAAUGCCCGGAAGAGACGUGUUUGCAGAGUUGGGCCGACACAUGCUUAAACUCUGGUAGGUAAGAGUCAGAGAAGAAUGGCAACAUGCCUCUCCUUUAGCUGUGCUGCAGGGAGAGUUCACACAGCCCCAUGCAGAUCUAAAUAAGAACCAAUAAACGUAGGUGCUAAAACCAGUCACACACUUCCUUGCUUCACUGUAAACUGGUCUCCUCUAUUGGCUGGGGGGAAACUAUGUUCUCCUUUUAAUAGUGUCCCUGUGUGUGCUCCACUGCACAUGCAUACGCGCCUCUUGAGCCCUUGAUCGGAGGUUUUCCAUUAGCAGUGUCUGUCCAACCAUGCAUGUGCU